AUGAUAAAAAUACUAUAGAAGAUUUUCAUAAUUCAAGCAUUAUCUAAAUAAAUAAAUGCUUAAAUGAGUAGUUUUUGUGUGUGUGGAUAAAUCUAAGAUAGUGAACAAUGUGAAAAAUCUAGUAUUUGUUAGUGGAGUGAGAGUAAGUGUAAGAUAAGAAAUGGUUUAAAAUAUGUUGAAAUAGAGAGUUUAGAGAAGUAAUGUAAAGAAUACUCAUAGGAAGAUUGUAGAUUAUAAGAUAAUUGUGGAUUUUAUUUGGGUGAGUGUAUAGAUUUUAAAGAAUGUAGUUUAUUUAAAAGAGAAGAAUGCAUUGAAUCAUCUUAGAAAUGUGUUAGUGAUGGUAUGUAAUGCAUAGAUGUGGAUGAAUGUGAGAAAUAUAUAAAUUGGAAUGCAUGUUAAAAUAGAGAUAAGGUUAACCGUUAUUGUUUCUGGUCAAUUACAGAAAACCCAAAAUGUAGAUUAAGUAGAGAAUGUAAUGAAUUGCCAUUGUAUCUAUCAAAUGAUUUUUAAUGCAGAGAAUAGAUAUCAACUUGUACAGUAUCUUAAUAUGGAGGUUGUGUGGAAAGUGAAGAGGAAUGUGGAAAGAUUAAAUUUGACAAAUAAUGUUAUUAUAAUAAAGCUAAAUCACAAAAAUGUUAUUGGGAUUAUGAUUUGUCAAUAUGUUUAGAAUUAGUUUGUGGUAAUUUAAAAUUUACAAGUGAUUUUGAAUGUAGAAGCUAAUUGUUAGAAUGUACAACAAAUGGAUUUACAUGUGUAUUGAGAUAGGAAUGUAAAGAUAGUAAAUUAAUAGAAGGAUGUGUUACUGAUUAAAAUGGCAAUAAAUGCAUAUUUAUCAAUAAUGAAUGUAAAAAGAAGGAAUGUUCUUUAGCUGAAGAUGUGGAUAUCUAUUCAAAUUAUAUUAAAUGUUAAUAAUUUGACUUUGAUUUAGAUUGCGUAUAUAAAAAUGGAGGUGGUUGUAAGGAUCGUCCUUAUGAAUGUGAAUUUUAUGAUGCCUAAGAUGAUUGUUUAUCAAUUUAAAACUAGAAUUGUUUUUGGUCUGAUAAUCAAUGUAAAAAAAAAGGAUGUUUAAAUCAAUUAUUAUCAUUGAAUCAUUAUUAAUGUAAAUAGAUUGAGAAAUGUAUGGGUAAAUUUGGUGGUGGUUGUUAAGAUAGACCUUUAACAUGUAAUUUGAUUAAUCAAAGUUAAUUUUGUGAACUUGAUUAUUAUAAUAGGAAUUGCUAUUGGAAUUCUUAUCAAUGUGUUGAAAAUAUCUGUUCUAAUUUUUACUUUCCAGAUUUCUCAAAUCAUUUACAAUGUUUUACAGUUAAUAAUAAAUGUACUUAUGAUUAUUAUCUUGGAGUUUGUAAAGAUUAUAAUUGUUAAACACUUCAUUAAAAUGAUUGUUUAACAAAUCCAUUAUGUAAGUUGUCUAAAAGAUGUAAAUUAAAAUAAUGUUCUGAUGCUCCAGUAUCAUUAAUAACAAAUACAGAUUGUGAACUUUGGUUGAAGAAAUGCACUGUUAAAGUAUAUUAAAUUUCAACCGUUUAUUAAUUUCAUGGAUGUGUGGAAAAAUUACAAAAUUGUAAUGAUUAUCAUUAAAACCAAUGUUAUACUACUAUUGAUGGAUAUUAAUGUAAAUGGAUAGGUACAUCAUGUACUUCUAAAGUUUGUUCAGAUUUUUUAACUUCUUCAGAAAUAGUUUGUAUAAAUCUUAAAGUAAAAGGUAUGAAAUGUUUAAUUAAUUCAUCAAAUACUGCAUGUGUUUAAUGGCCAACUACUUGUUCAGGAUUUUCAGAUAUAACUUAUUGUACUUAAGGUUUGAUUGAUGGUACUAAAUGUUUAUGGAUUGGUACAUCAUGUGUUCUAAAAGAUUGUAGUUUAUCUAGUGGAGCAUCAACAAAUUAUUAAUGUGGACAAUGGAAUCCAAUUUGCAAUUAUGAUAUAUCAACUUCAUAAUGUAAAUAAAGAGAUCUAAAUGAUACUUGUAGUAUGACUAUAGUUUUUACAUAGAAAAACCAUUAAGAAUGUAAUGCUUGGAAUAUUUUGUGUACUGAAAACUUGACUGGAGCAGUUGGAUGUUAAAGAAAAUAAUAUUCUUGUUCAAAAUAUAAUAAUCAAUUAAAAUGUGUUAAUAAUUAUUAUGGAGUAAAAUGUGAAUGGAAUACAACAACAAAUUAAUGUUAAGAUUAUACUUUAACUAGUUGUCCGGGUUCAUUAGAUUUAAAAUUUGCAAAUGAAUUAUGUGAAUAAAUUUCAAUUUCAUGUUUGAAUUUAAAUUUAGCUUGUGAACCGUUGAACACAGAAUGUUUAUGGUACACAUUUGAAAAGUAAUGCAAAAUAAAUGCAUAUUAUGAACCUUGUGUAUGGAAUGGUAAUAGUUGUGGAGAUUUAUAAUGUUCAGCAUAAACAACAGCUACAAAUGAUAGUGAUUGUUUUAAUUAUUUUAAUAGUCCAAGAAAUUGUUAACAAAAAGUAAAAAUAGAUGGUACUAGAGAAGUAGGAUGUGAAGUAAUGACUUUGUGUUCUUAAAUAAUAAAUGAAGACAAAUGUAAUUAAUCUGUUUCAAGAAAUGAGAUUUCAUGUAAAUUCAUUGGUGGUGUUUGUAUAGAAUAACAAUAAAACAAUUCUUAAAAUUGUCAUUUAAAUGUAUCAGCGACAACAAAUUAUGAAUGUAAAUAGAUAAAUGAUAUAUGUGAAUUAAACUAUCGAAAUGGACGUGGAUGCACUGCUAAAUCAUGUAGUUCAAUCACUAAUAGCAUUACUUGUGUACUUUAAUAACCAAAAGGAACUUCAUGUAGUUGGGAUUCAACAACUACAAAAUGUUUAACUAAUAGUUGUUCUUUUUAUACAAUAAAUACAAACUGUAUAUCAGCAUAUAAUGAUACUAAUACAAAAUGUUAUUGGUGUGAUAAUAGAUGUGUUGAUAGUAAUUAUUGUCAAGAAGUGAUAAAUGAUUAUCAUAAGGAAUGUAAUAAUAAAAACAAAUUAUAUACAGUAUCUAGAAUAUAAACAUGUGGAUUAGUUUAACCGAACUGUUUUGAUUAUUCAUCUUAUUCAGCUUGUAAGUAUACAUAAAAUGAAACUAAAUGUCUAUUUGUUUGGGCAUCAACUACAAGUCCAUAUAUUCCUACAUCAGGAACUUGUAAUACUUUAUGUUCAAGUUUAACAAAUUAAUCUACUUGUUAAGCUAAUCCUAUUUAUUGUUAAUGGUUAGGUAUUUCUUGUAGUCCAGUCCAUAGAAAUUGUUCAGAUUACAAUGUUUCUGAUUGUGAUAUGGCAAUUACUAGAAGUGGUACUAAAUGUACAUUUAAUAUAAAUUCAUAAUGUGUAGAAAGAAUUUGUUCCAAUUAUAAGAAUGGUCUAAAUAGAUAGCCAAAUAAUUAAUCUGAUUGUGAUAAUUGGUUAGAUAAUUGUGUUUUUGUUACAAACAAAUGUAUUGAUGCUUGUUAAUUGAUUUCUGGUUCUAAUACUUAUACUAUUACAAUAUGUGAGUAAUAAAGACCUAAUAAAGUAUGUACAAUUGGAGAUGAACCUAAAUGUGGAACUUUUGUAUAAUAUUGUUCUUAGGCAUUAUAAAAUCAAUGUUAUUUUGAUGUAAAUCAAAGAAAAUGUUAUUGGAAUACUGAUUUAUUAAAAUGUUUUGAAUUAAAUGCCUGUAAUAUCUUUGAUUCUAGUAAUAAUAAUCAUAUGAAAUGCAAUACUUUAUUAGAUUCUUGUACUGUCAAUCAUUCAUAAAAUGGAUGUAUCAACUUAACGGAUUGUCAUAAUUAUAAUCACUCUUUUUAAUGCUAUAUAAAUCAAAAUAAUGAUAAAUGUUUUUGGGAUAUUGAUAAAUGUAUAACAAUUGAAUGCAAUUUUUAUACUGAUUAGACAAAUUGUGAAAAUGCCUUAUUUUAAUCAGAUCUUAAUAAAAAAUGUGUAUGGGAUUAGAUUAAUAUUAAAUGUAUACUUUUAGAUUGUAAUAAUCUUUUUAUUGAUUAAACUCAUAAUUGUUCUGAUUAUACAUAAUAUUGUAUAAAUGAAAGUUGUAAAACUAUUGAUUGUGAAGAUUUUUAAUAUGAUAAUGAAAUCUAAUGUUCAUAAUUAUUUACUGAUAAACAUUGUACUACUAAUGGCCAAUCUUGCAUAAAAAGAUCAAAUUGUAUUGAUUGUCAUUAAUAAAUUUGUUGUAAUUUAAAUAUAAAUUUAAAUGAAUGUAUUUGGAUUUAAGGAUAAUGUUAUGAUAGAACUUGUAAUUCUAUGCCUAUAAUCUAAUUAUCUUAUGCUGAAUGUUUUUCUGUUUAAAUUCAAUGCACUAUUAAAAGUUAAGGAGGAUGUUAAAUAAAAACAGACUGUAAUUCUUAUAAACAAUAGUCUGAAUGUUUAAUUGAUUAUAAUGACUCUACAUGUAUUUGGGAUGACUCUUUAUAAUAAUGUUUCUCAGAUAUCUGCUAACCAUAAUGUGGAGAUGGAAUUGUUAUAUAUCCAUAUGAAGAAUGCGAUGAUACUAAUAAUCUACCAUAUGAUGGAUGUUAUGAAUGCAAAAUUUAAUGUUCUUUAGGUUGUUUAAUUUGUGAAGGAUAAAAUUGUAUAAAAUGUAAUCCUAAUGGAUGGACUUUGAAUCAUAUUACAUCAGGAUGUGAUUCAAUAUGUGGAGAUGGGAUUAUUACAAUAUUAGAAAAAUGUGAUGAUGCUAAUUUUAUCUAAUAUGAUGGUUGUUUUUAAUGUGAUUAUUAAUGUUCUUUAGAAUGUUUGAAUUGUUAUCAAGGUGUUUGUUUAGAAUGUCCCUAUGGGUUCUAUUCUAAUAAUUCUUUUUGUAAAACAUAAUGUGGAGAUAGUAUUGUUAUACUAGAAAAAGAAGAAUGUGAUGAUGGUAAUUUAAAUGAUAAUGAUGGUUGCACUUAAAAAUGUUAAAUCUAAGAUAAUUGGACAUGUAUCAUUCAAGAUUUAUAAAGUUUAUGUUUUUAAUUAGAUUUUCCACUUCCACUUCUUUAAAUGAUAAAUCAAAACCCAUCUUAAUUAUUAUUUUCAUUCUCUUAACCAGUUAUGUUAUCUUAAUAUUCAGCUCAAGAUUUUCUUAAAUCUAUCUCAAUUACUAUAUCCAAUUUAGAUAAAAACUAAUUUAAUUAUGUAAUUAUCCCAUUAACAGAAAUAUCUAAAUAAUUAAUGAAUGUUAAUUAUACAAUCUAAAUUUAGUUUUAAAUCUCAAUUAAAAAUCCUAUAGUAAAUUUAUAAUUUGACAGAAAUUUAGUAAUCAAUGAAGUAUUCAAUAAACCUUACAAUAAUGUCACUCUCAAACUUUCAAGUAUAGAAUAAUUAACAAAUCUAUAAUAAUCAAUUACAGACACAGCUGCUUAUUUUAGUUCUAUUGUUAUUUAUAUUUUUAUUGCCAUCGCCAUCUUAUCCAUCUUUUUAGGUAAUUUUGAAAUCUUUUGGAAUCUAUUAGAUAAUUUAUAAUAAUUAUCCUAUAUCAAAUACAUCAAUAUAAAUUACCCUGUUAAUUUUUCUGUUUUUCUCGCCAUUUUUGAUUUUGUAUCAUUACAACCUAUUCAAGAUUAUUUUAAUUUAGAUUCAAUAUUCCAGAAAUUUAUAAAAUAAGAUAUACCUAUAGUUCAGUAUCCUAUUGGAAAAUUUAGAUUAUUUCAAACUGAUUGUUUUUUUGCAACUAAUUUUUAAAGUUUCAUUAUCAUCCUUAUAACAACAAUCAUUAAUUUUUGGAUAUCCUAAUUGUUCAUUUAUAUACUUAUCAAAUCAAAAUAUUCAAAUAUAAUUGUUUUUGUUGAUUCUUCAAUUAGAUUGAUAAUUACAAAACUAGUUGCUAUUAUAUAUGCUUUACAAUAAUUAGCACUUUUUUUCAUAAAAUCAUUCUUUUUUUAAGGAUUAAUUAGAAUAUUUUUAUCAAGCUAUUAUGAUCUAACAUUCUCCUCUUUAUUAUAAAUAGUAACAUUCUCUAAAUCAAAUACAAUACUUUAUGCAUCAUCAAUUCUAUCAAUUGUAAUUUUUACAUUUAAUUUAUUAUCUAUUCUUGGAUUUUAUUCUUAUUCAUUAUAUUCUAAUAAUUCAAUUAAAAUCUUGGAAUAAAACAUGUUUUUUGAAGGCAUUAAUUUAAAAAUAAAUAAAUGGAAUGCUCAAUAUUAAACGAUUGUAUUAUUAAAGAAAACAAUAUUUAUAAGUACUCUUGUGCUUCUCUAAGUUAUACCAAUUUGUUAAACUAUUUUUAUAUCUUUUUAGUCAAUAAUUUUUAUAUUAUUUAUUAUUCUAUCAAAACCAAUGAUCAAAGGCUUUGAGAAUUUUAAAAUCCUAAUAUUUGAAAUAUCUAUAUGGUUGAAUUCCAUCUUAUUUUUAUGUCAUGAUUUAGAUUAUUUUUAUGAAUACAGAAUAUAAAUUGGAUGGAUAAAUAUAGGUUGUUUUAGUAUAAAUUUAAGUUGUUGUUUAAUUAUUGAUAUUUAUCAACAAAUAAAAAUUUUGAAAACAAAAUUAUAUAAACCAAUAGCUCAAAAAUAAAAUCAAAUAAAUCCUAACGGGUUUUAAAUGUGUUGA